AUGACUUGGGAAGAUGCCCUGACCAAGUACAAGACUCACAGUGCUUCUAUGCCCGAGCUCGCUCCUUUCGCCGUCCAUCCUCUGAGCCCGGCCCCUGGAAAUUUGAAAGGGUUGUUCACGCAUGACCCACCGGAGAUGGAUGUUGAUACAACACCGACACCUGGUCAGCCCAUGGGAAGGUCGCUACUUAACGACUCGCGUAUCCGCACACCUUUACCUUCUGGACCUCGACUUGAAAAGCUGGCAUCGGCGGCGUUACCGGGUAUCGACAGUAUAAGGAACGACUUGCAGUCCGUUGCUUCAAGAAUCAUCUCGAAUCCCCAUCGCAAUCGGUAUAAUGCAGCACACGCGUUGCUGCUGUACUGGAAUGAAGACGUGGAUAUCGAGACGGGCAAUGCUAUAAAAGACCUUGCGAUCGUCCUUGAGAAACAAUACCAUUACACUUCAGAAUUGGUCGCAAUCCCGUCGGUACCUGAUUUGGGCAAAAGUCCUUGGCGGUGGUUGUCGAAUAAGAUCAGCCAACUCGUUGAUGAGCGAGACCAUCGCGACGUCAUGAACAUUGUCUAUUAUAAUGGCUACAGCUUUCUGGAUGCUAAUCGGGAAAUGGUUCUAGCAAGAUGGAGCGGCAUACAGCAGAUUCUUGAAGACGCUACUUCUGACACGUUGCUGCUCAUGGACGCGGCCUACUACCCAUCAUCCAAGAUGAUCCGGCAACGAGGUGUGUUGGAACUUGUGGCCGCGUCCGCAAGCGAGGACCAUGUUCGACUACUAGAUCGGAGUACCUUUACCCGCAUGGUGUCCGACCUCCUUCGAACACGUGCGAAUCAGAAGUUCAUGAACCCCUUCUCGGCCGCGGAGCUCCACGCCAAGCUCCUGUCACUCUACCCUCGAGUUAUCCAAGAUCGAAAUCCUGAAAAGGAAACAAUCACGAGUUUUCCAUCGCCAUUGCACAUGCAAAUGUCGGGCAAUACCCAGAUCCCAUCGAUAUUAUUGGCCCCUAUUAGGAAAGGCCUGCCGUUUGGCACGGACUUGGAUCCCAACGGACCGAUGGUUAAUCUUACGAUCCGGCUGACAGACGAAGUUCUGAACUUGGAUACUUGGGCCGAGUGGUUACGAGCCAUGCCAGAAGGAAUCAAAGAUGUCAAGGUGGAAGGCCCUUACCGUAAUACGUUUCGGUGA